AUGGCCUUGCUUGCGGUCGCCAACGCGUAUACGAUGCGAGUAUGUCUUAAUUUGGCCAUAACGCAAAUGGUUAAAAAGACGGUGGCUGUGGAAGGUGAUCCUAAUUACGAUCCCGACGCAUGUCCCGAUCCAAAUGUUGGGUCAGACAUCGCAUCUAAAACAUUGGCUAACAUAACAUUGACUAUGUCCCAUUAUCUUCGUCAGGAUACAGGGGUGGAUUUCCAAUGUUUGUUGCAGACCGUACUUUUCGAAUGGAGCGAAGCAACGCAAGGUCUUGUCCUUAGCGCAUUUUACUAUGGUUAUGUGCUUACUCACAUACCCGGAGGUAUUAUUGCUGAACGUUAUGGUGGUAAAUGGGUGCUCGGAUUAGGUCUAUUGUCCACUGCUGUCUGUACAUUCAUCACACCUUUCGCUGUCAAAACUGGUGGAGCAACUGCCUUGUUUAUACUUCGUGUUGUUGAAGGGUUUGGAGAGGGACCUACGAUGCCAGGACUUAUGGCAAUGAUAUCUAAAUGGGCACCGAAAUCUGAAAGGGCUCGUAUAGGAGCUAUUGUUUUUGGAGGCGCACAAAUUGGAAACAUUGCUGGAUCCUAUUUCUCGGGUUUGAUUAUUCAUGCAGGUUCUUGGGAAAAUGUAUUUUAUAUGUUUGGUGGAUUUGGACUGGCGUGGUUUGCUCUUUGGUCAAUACUCUGUUAUAGCACACCCAAUACACAUCCAUUUAUAUCGGAUAAAGAGAAAAAAUUCUUGAAUGAAAAUGUGCAGGCCCUCAUCCAUAGUGAGAAACAAAUUUUAGAUCCAGUGCCAUGGAAAGCAUUACUCAGAUCGGUACCUUUAUGGUCUUUGAUAAUUGCUGGUAUUGGUCACGACUGGGGCUACUUCACAAUGGUGACAGAUUUGCCUAAGUACAUGACAGAUGUCCUUAAAUUUAACAUUAAGUCAGCUGGAUUACUAUCGGCGUUGCCUUACAUCGCUAUGUGGAUUGCUUCGUUUUUCUUUGGUUUGCUCUGCGACUUCUGCACCAAGAGAAAGUAUCACAGUAUUCAGAAUGCAAGAAAAAUUUACACUACAAUUGCGGCAACUGGACCUGGUAUCUGCAUUAUCUUAGCAUCGUAUUCUGGUUGUGACACUACUCUUGCUGUCUUUUGGUUUAUCGCUGCUAUGACUUUAAUGGGUGCUUACUACAGCGGAAUGAAAAUAAACGCAUUGGACAUAACACCGAAUUACGCUGGUACAACGACAGCAAUGGUUAAUGGAAUUGCUGCCAUUUCUGGUAUCAUUUCACCUUACCUGAUAGGUUUACUCACUCCACAUUCAACUUUGAAAGAAUGGAGAAUCGCAUUCUGGGUUUGCCUCGCCAUUUUGGUAAUAACCAACAUUAUUUAUCUAAUGUUCGCUAAAGGAGAACAGCAAUGGUGGGACGAUGUUAAGAGGUACGGUUAUCCAGAGAAUUGGAAACACGGUCCUCUGCCAGUGAGACAAAAUGACACAGAAGGAUCAACGACAGAAAAAACCAAAGACGCAAAAUAA